GUUUACAAUAAUAAUAAUUAUGUUUAUAUGAUUUAGAUGUAAAUUUGAAUCAUUAUGUUAUUUAAUCAUUUUAAUUUUUGAUUGUAAAUAAAAUUUGCAAAAUUAUAAAUUAUAACCGGGAAAUGAAGAAAGAAAUAAAUAAGAGAAACGAUUUUUGCAAGAAAAAUGUUAUCAUUUUUAUCAAGGAAUUUAAGAGUUUUGUGUGCAAUUCAUCGUAGAAGAAGAAUUAUUGAAAUACACUGGAACAUGGAGAAUUCAAUAAAAAUAUUAACCUUUAUAAAUAAAAAUCAAAAUACCACUUUUUGUACAAAAGCAAUAGAGAAAAAAAUAACGGAGAAUUUAAUGAAUAUACAAUCUACAUCGUCAUCAUCGUCAGAUGUUGAUAAAAUUGAAGAAAAUAAAAUAAAAGAAAAAAAUAAUAAAAGUGAAAAUAAAAAAGAACGUAAAACUAAUUCUUCAUUCAUGAAAUUCUAUAUUGGUUUUUGUACUCUCUCCCUUGGGAUUACUGGCUUUUAUUUGAUUUAUGAAAUAGUCAAACCUCAAUACAGUGAAAAUGGAGACAUUAUCAAAGAUGAAUUUACACAUUUACCAUUUAUGGAGCAAAUGUUUAAAAGAUUACUGAAUAAAUUCAACUACAUCAAAGAGCUUGCUCAGGAACCAAGUAGAGAUAAAUUACUUCCAGAUCCUCUGCCAUAUCCAUAUAUUCAACCACAAUAUACAUUAGUUCUAGAAUUAAUGGAUUUAUUGAUCCAUCCAGAUUGGACAUACCAAACGGGAUGGAGAUUCAAAAAACGACCAGGAGUUGAUAAAUUCCUUGAAAUUGUUGCUUCACCUCUAUUUGAAGUUGUAGUAUUCACUGCAGUAAAUGGAACGACUGCGUUCCCUAUCUUAGAUGCUUUAGAUCCUCAUGGAUAUAUUAUGUAUAGAUUAAUUAGAGAUUCUACUCGUUUUAUCAAUGGUCAUCAUGUGAAGGAUUUAAGUUCACUAAAUAGAGAUCUCAAUAAAGUAAUUGUUAUUGAUUGGAAUGAACAGAGUGUAAAAUAUCAUCCAGAGAAUAUGUUAAAAAUUCCCCGAUGGUCUGGAAAUGACGAUGACACAAAUCUAUACGAUUUAGCAAUAUUUCUCAAAACUCUUCAUGUCUCGCAAGUAAUUGACGUUAGGGACACUUUAAAUUAUUACAAACAAUUUAAUAAUCCAUUAGAAGCCUUUAGGGAAAAUCAACGAAAACUUUUGAUAAAAAUUGAAGAAGAGGAAAUGAAAAUUCAAAAAGAAGAAUCCGAAGAUCUUACAUCAAAGUGGAAACCAUCGUUUUUAAGAAAUCGAUAGAUAGAAUUCAUAGUAAAAAAAAAAAUCAUCUUUAAAAAAUAUUGGAAGUUUCAUAUAAGAAAAUUGGAAACUUUCACUGUUCACGCAGGGAAAUUUUUUAUAAGAAAUUUAAAGAAACAUUCUGUUGAGUUUGAACAAUAACUAUUUUUUUCACGUUUUUAAUUUGUUAUUGUAAAAAUAAUUCGACAUAUUCAAGGAAAUUACAAUUUAACAACUUUAUACCAUUUAUACCAUCAGUUUUAAAUUAUAAUGAAACAAUGAUUUCUCGUAUGUCAUUUGUGCUUACAAGGAGUUACCUAACCUAAAAAUAGUUUGUUUUUCUUUGGUUUCUAUAUAAUUGUAUAGACGAUAAGUAAAG